GGCGACAGUUUAAUUUAAACUCUAAUGCCAAUUGGACGUUGAGGAACAGACGUGUAGAAAUGCAUUUGGUUGGUGUUAUAACUUUCUCUUUAUUGAUGAGCGCUGUUGGUGCUAAAUUUUGCUAUAAAAUAAAUGGAGUAAUUAAAGAAGUUCCGCCUAGGGAUGCGAACGGUAGAAGAAUCUUUUGCUGUCCUGGUUAUAGAAGAGUAAAGUCAAAAUGUGUACCAAUUUGUUCGCAAUUAUGUAAAAAUGCGAUUUGCGUGGGGCCUAAUAAGUGUGAGUGCAAGAAAGGAUACAAGCGUGACGUCACUUUGGGUUGUGUGCCAGACUGUGGUACUUGUGAUCAUGGAUAUUGCAAUGCUCCAGGUAAAUGCGUUUGUUAUUCGAACUACGAAUUGAAUGCGGAAGGCCAGUGUCAGCCAAAAUGCGACAAUGAUUGCAAAAAUGGAUAUUGUGCAUCACCAAAAACGUGUGCAUGUCACGAAGGUUACUCACUCAAUAUCACCACGAAUCUUUGUGAUCCCAUUUGUAAAAUAAAAUGUGACCAUGGUUACUGUUCCGCGCCUAAUAUUUGUACUUGCGACAGUGGAUAUAAAAUGAAUGAUAGUGGCAUAUGUACACCCAUAUGCAGCAAUGGUUGCGAAAAUGGUAUUUGUCGUAGUCCAGAUCAAUGCGAAUGUAAACGCGGUUAUGUAAAAUCCAAGAGUAAACAAUGUGAACCAUUCUGCGUGGAUGAGUGCAUUAAUGGAGUGUGUGCUGCUCCCGGUAAAUGUGAAUGCAAUAAGGGAUACGAAAAGGAAACUGAAAAUGUAUGUAGGCCUGUAUGUACCAAGAGCUGUGUUAAUGGUUAUUGCCAUUCCCCUGAAACAUGUGAGUGCAACAAUGGAUUUCACAAAUUACUAGAUAAUACUUGUUCUCCACAUUGCGCUAAUGGUUGUAUAAACGGAUAUUGUGCAAAACCUGAUGUAUGCGAAUGCAAUGAAGGAUAUUCAAAAUCAGUAAACAACACCUGCGAACCCAUCUGUAAUGAACCUUGUAUUAAUGGAUAUUGUGCACAACCGGAUCUCUGCGAAUGCUACAAAGAUUAUUCAAAGGCAAAUAAGUACUCAUGUGAUCCAAUUUGUGAAAAUGGUUGCCUAAAUGGUUUCUGCGAUACGCCUGGUGUAUGCAAAUGCAACGAGGGUUACUCAAAAUCAGUAAACAACACCUGCGAACCCAUCUGUAAUGAACCUUGUAUUAAUGGAUAUUGUGCACAACCAGAUCUCUGUGAAUGUACCGAAGGUUAUAUAAAAGUAUCUAACUACUCAUGUGACCCAUUUUGUGAAGGAGACUGCCAGCAUGGUGUAUGUGUAGCACCUGAUACUUGUGUAUGUUUUCCUGGCUAUAGUAAAUCUGAAGAUAAAACUCUCGAACCAUCUUACUACUUAUGUGAUCCAAUUUGUGAAAGUGGCUGCCUAAAUGGUUUCUGUGAUAUGCCUGGUGUAUGCGGUUGCGACGAAGGUUAUUCAAGAUCGAUGAACAAUACUUGUGAACCCAUCUGUAAUGAACCUUGUAUUAAUGGAUAUUGUGCACAACCAGAUCUCUGUGAAUGUACCGAAGGUUAUAUAAAAGUAUCUAACUACUCAUGUGACCCAUUUUGUGAAGGAGACUGCCAGCAUGGUGUAUGUGUAGCACCUGAUACUUGUGUAUGUUUUCCUGGCUAUAGUAAAUCUGAAGAUAAGACUCUCGAACCAUCUUACUACUUAUGUGAUCCAAUUUGUGAAAGUGGCUGCCUAAAUGGUUUCUGUGAUAUGCCUGGUGUAUGCGGUUGCGACGAAGGUUAUUCAAGAUCGAUGAACAAUACUUGUGAACCCAUCUGUAAUGAACCUUGUAUUAAUGGAUAUUGUGCACAACCAGAUCUCUGUGAAUGUACCGAAGGUUAUAUAAAAGUAUCUAACUACUCAUGUGACCCAUUUUGUGAAGGAGACUGCCAGCAUGGUGUAUGUGUAGCACCUGAUACUUGUGUAUGUUUUCCUGGCUAUAGUAAAUCUGAAGAUAAGACUCUCGAACCAUCUUACUACUUAUGUGAUCCAAUUUGUGAAAGUGGCUGCCUAAAUGGUUUCUGUGAUAUGCCUGGUGUAUGCGGUUGCGACGAAGGUUAUUCAAGAUCGAUGAACAAUACUUGUGAACCCAUCUGUAAUGAACCUUGUAUUAAUGGAUAUUGUACACAACCAGAUCUCUGUGAAUGCACCGAAGGUUAUGUAAAAGUAUCUAACUACUCAUGUGAUCCAUUUUGUGAAGGAGGCUGCCAGCAUGGUGUAUGUGUAGCACCUGAUACUUGUACAUGUUUUCCUGGCUAUAAUAAAUCUGAAUAUAAUACUUGUGAAGCGAUUAUUAUCAAUACAGGCAGCUCAGAAAUAUACGGUAACACUGAACAGUAUACCAAUAAUAUACUAUAUAAAUCUUCAACUUACACGAAGCUGAUAGAUGAGAGUGAAGAAGAAAUGGAUGAGAGUAAAGAAGAAACUAAUAUUAUUGACGACUCUGGUGAGUUCGAUUAUCAGUACAUGGCAUAUGAUCGGAACAAUACGGAAGAAGAAGGAGACGAUAGGGUUAAGAGUCAUAUUACAACAGCAAGACAACUUGAAGCUUUGAAGGACUGUUCCACUAGUUGCCACAAUGGUAGCUGUAUUAAUGAUAUGUGCAGCUGCAGCAAGGGAUAUCGGAGCGAGAUUAUUAAAGAUGUCGUAUAUUGUUUACCUAUUUGCUUAGCAACUGAUAAUUCAACGAUAGACUGUUUAAAUGGAUAUUGUAAUGAGUUCAAUGUUUGCAUAUGUUUCGAUGGCUAUGUCGCUAACAGUUUUGGAGAAUGCAAGUCUGUAUUUGAAGCUUCUUACACUAAAAUCAAAAGUAGAUUUCUUUGGAUAAUUGUUGCGAUAAUUAUGCCAUUAAUAUUUAUUAUUUUGUUAACGAUGUGUUACAUUGCUAGAAAGAAAACCUAUAAUGUAGGAAAGUUAGAAAAUCAGUACGGUUUGGUUAACUUCUCCAAAAAGGCUGAUAUUAUUCGAGUGCCUUCAUAGCUAAAAUGAUGAUUGGAAACCAUUAUCGAAAAAAUGUUUUAAAAUAAUAUAUUGAACGAAUUCUAAGAAUCCGAGUAUCAAUUAAACUUUGAUUUUAUUUGAAAUCUUUUUGUGUGUUUAAAUCAGAAUCUGUCUUUUAUCUAUAAUAUAUAA